GGAAUCUUGACGCGAGCGCGACGAUCGCUCAUAGUGUAACCCGCAACCAAAGCGAUUCGAAUAGCUAAAACCCCGUUUCCCUCGCUUUUUUGCCUGCGAUUGUGUUUGUGCGGGCGUGUUAGUUUGUGUGUGUCAUAGUCUGCGCAUACAUACAUACAUAUCUAUCGAUUUGUGUUGAUAAGUUGUCGGUUAGACAGAGAAGCAACUUAAUAAACAUCUACCUGACCUUUACCAAAGUCUCAGAGCGCCUAACAAUAUGAGGGAAAUUGUGCACUUGCAGGUCGGCCAAUGCGGCAAUCAAAUUGGUUCAAAGUUCUGGGAAAUAAUCUCAGCGGAGCAUGGCAUCGAUCCGAAUGGCUACUAUCAUGGCGAAUCGCAUCUGCAGUACGAGCGCAUAGAUGUCUACUACACUGAGGCAAGCAGCGGCAAGUAUGUGCCCCGCGCUGUGCUCAUCGAUCUGGAGCCGGGCACCAUGGACUCGGUGCGUCAAUCACCCAUGGGUCAACUCUUCAGGCCCGAUAACUUUGUGUUCGGCCAGUCAGGAGCGGGCAACAACUGGGCCAAGGGCCACUACACAGAAGGCGCCGAGCUGAUCGAUUCGGUGCUAGAAGUUAUGCGCAGAGAAUCCGAGGGCUGUGACUGUCUGCAGGGCUUCCAGCUGGCCCAUUCACUGGGCGGCGGCACUGGCUCUGGUCUCGGCACUCUCCUCAUUUCGAAAAUACGCGAGGAGUACCCGGAUCGCAUCAUGAACUCCUUUUCGGUGGUGCCCUCACCCAAGGUAUCCGAUACUGUCGUGGAGCCGUACAAUGCAACGCUCUCCAUACACCAGCUGGUGGAGAACACAGAUGAGACGUUCUGCAUUGACAACGAGGCGCUUUAUGAUAUCUGCUUCCGCACGCUGAAGCUCUCGUCGCCCACGUAUGGCGAUUUGAAUCAUCUGGUUUCCAUCACAAUGUCUGGCGUGACCACCUGCUUGCGUUUUCCGGGCCAGCUCAAUGCUGACCUGCGCAAACUGGCUGUGAAUAUGGUGCCCUUCCCGCGGCUGCACUUCUUCAUGCCGGGCUUUGCGCCGCUUACGGCCAAGGGUUCGCAGCAAUAUCGCGCGCUCACCGUCGCCGAGCUGACCCAGCAAAUGUUCGAUGCCAAGAACAUGAUGACCGCCUGCGAUCCCAGGCAUGGCCGCUACCUAACCGUAGCCUGCAUCUUCCGUGGACCCAUGUCCAUGAAGGAGGUGGACACACAAAUGCUCAACGUGCAGAGUAAGAACAGCAGCUACUUCGUCGAAUGGAUACCCAACAAUGUGAAGGUGGCCGUUUGUGACAUUCCGCCACGCGGCCUCAAGAUGGCGGCCACAUUCAUUGGCAACACAACAGCCAUCCAGGAGAUAUUCAAGCGCAUCUCCGAACAGUUUACGGCCAUGUUCCGCCGCAAAGCCUUCCUGCAUUGGUACACUGGCGAGGGCAUGGAUGAAAUGGAGUUCACCGAGGCGGAGAGCAACAUGAACGAUCUGAUAUCCGAAUAUCAGCAGUAUCAGGAAGCCACCGCUGACGACGAGGUCGAGUUCGACGACGAACAGGCUGAGCAAGAAGCUUACGAGUCGGAAGCACUGCAAAACGGCAAUGCCUAAACAAGAACUCGACACUUUCGCGUUUUACUUGUUAUCUGCAGGACUAUCUAUUAGACUAGAUUUUCAAACAUGCAGACACACGGAAUGAAAGUUAAUAAACAGUAAACAUAGUAUUUCAUUUUCUGUA